AUGAAUAAGGCCAGCACAAAAGAGCCAGGGAUUAGGAAUUUUGGAAUUGGGAAAUUUGGAAUUGGUAACCUUGAAAUUAGGAAUUUUGGAACUAGGAAUUUUGGAAUUGGUAACCUUGAAAUUAGGAAUUUUGGAACUAGGAAUUUUGGAAUUGGUAACCUUGAAAUUAGGAAUUUUGGAACUAGGAAUUUUGGAAUUGGGAAAUUUGGAAUUGGUAACCUUGAAAUUAGGAAUUUUGGAAUUGGGAAGAUUGGAAUUAAGAAUUUUGGAAUGAAUAAGGCCAGCACAAAAGAGCCAGGGAUUAGGAAUUUUGGAACUAGGAAUUUUGGAAUUGGUAACCUUGAAAUUAGGAAUUUUGGAACUAGGAAUUUUGGAAUUGGGAAGAUUGGAAUUAAGAAUUUUGGAAUGAAUAAGGCCAGCACAAAAGAGCCAGGGAUUAGGAAUUUUGGAAUGAAUAAGGCCAGCACAAAAGAGCCAGGGAUUAGGAAUUUUGGAACUAGGAAUUUUGGAAUGAAUAAGGCCAGCACAAAAGAGCCAGGGAUUAGGAAUUUUGGAAUGAAUAAGGCCAGCACAAAAGAGCCAGGGAUUAGGAAUUUUGGAAUUGGUAACCUUGAAAUUAGGAAUUUUGGAACUAGGAAUUUUGGAAUUGGUAACCUUGAAAUUAGGAAUUUUGGAACUAGGAAUUUUGGAAUGAAUAAGGCCAGCACAAAAGAGCCAGGGAUUAGGAAUUUUGGAAUGAAUAAGGCCAGCACAAAAGAGCCAGGGAUUAGGAAUUUUGGAACUAGGAAUUUUGGAAUGAAUAAGGCCAGCACAAAAGAGCCAGGGAUUAGGAAUUUUGGAAUUGGUAACCUUGAAAUUAGGAAUUUUGGAAUUGGUAACCUUGAAAUUAGGAAUUUUGGAACUAGGAAUUUUGGAAUUGGUAACCUUGAAAUUAGGAAUUUUGGAACUAGGAAUUUUGGAAUGAAUAAGGCCAGCACAAAAGAGCCAGGGAUUAGGAAUUUUGGAACUAGGAAUUUUGGAAUUGGGAAAUUUGGAAUUGGUAACCUUGAAAUUAGGAAUUUUGGAACUAGGAAUUUUGGAAUGAAUAAGGCCAGCACAAAAGAGCCAGGGAUUAGGAAUUUUGGAAUGAAUAAGGCCAGCACAAAAGAGCCAGGGAUUAGGAAUUUUGGAACUAGGAAUUUUGUUAUGGGAAACGAGGCCAAGUAUGACGCUUGA